CACAGUCCCCUGACCGGCCACUAUGAGGGGGUCCCGGACACUCCUGCUGCUGACCGCACUUCUCUACAGCGUCACCUACACACAAGGUACAGCUAACACGGUGGCCGAUUGCUGCCUUCAGACCGGCAGCAAGAGAAUCCCGUCCAACAUUGUCGCCGGAUAUGAGCUGCAGACGCCAGAGAAGGGAUGUAUGAAGACAGCUGUCGUGUUCCUUACCAACACCAAGCCCUUGCGGAGGCUGUGCGCCCCUCAGGGCUCCCCCUGGGUUGUCAAACUGAUGAAGAGAGUGGAUAAGAAAAAAGACUUGGAGAAGAAGGACAAGACUGACCGCAGACCAAAGAAAACCCCCCAGCGGCAACAACGGGAAUAA